CUCGGACGGCCGCCGUAGCGCGUCGCCUCCGUUGCCGUGGGAAACGACCCGGGACCUGGGUGGGAGAAAAGACGUUUCCCGCCGGCGGGAGCUGCGCUUGUGGCGGCAAGGGGAGCUCUGAGGCGGCGGGGACCGGCGUCGCAGCACCAUGGCGGACCAGCUUUAUCUGGAAAAUAUAGACGAGUUCGUCACGGACCAGAACAAGAUCGUGACGUACAAAUGGCUGAGCUAUACACUAGGGGUUCACGUCAACCAGGCCAAACAGAUGCUGUAUGAUUAUGUUGAAAGGAAGCGAAAGGAAAAUUCAGGAGCCCAACUGCAUGUCACCUAUUUAGUGUCUGGCAGUCUCAUUCAGAAUGGACAUUCCUGCCACAAGGUUGCAGUAGUGAGAGAAGAUAAAUUGGAAGCAGUGAAGUCCAAGCUAGCUGUGACUGCCAGCAUCCAUGUGUACAGCAUCCAGAAAGCCAUGCUAAAGGACAGUGGGCCUCUGUUCAAUACCGACUAUGACAUCCUUAAAAGCAACUUGCAGAACUGCAGCAAGUUUAGUGCCAUACGGUGUGCAGCUGCAGUUCCUAGAGCUCCUGCUGAAUCCUCAUCUUCCGAAAAGUUUGAGCAGUCAGAUCUUCAGGUGUCAAGUGAGACACAAGCCAAUAAUGAGUUGACCACCAAUGGUCAUGGCCCACCUACCUCCAAACAGAUUUCCCAGCAGCCCAAAGGAAUUAUGGGAAUGUUUGCCUCUAAAGCUGCUUCUAAAAUCCAUGAUGCCAACAAGGAAACCAAAACAGAGGCUAAAGAGGUAUCUUCGGCAGGCAACAAGGCACCAGGGAAAGGGAAUGUGAUGAGCAAUUUUUUUGGAAAAGCUGCUAUGAGUAAACUUAAAGUCAAUUUGGAUUCAGAACAAGCAGUGAAAGAAGAAAAAUUAGUGGAGCAACCUCCAGUGUCUGUCACUGAACCAAAGCUGGCAGCCCCUGCAGGCCUGAAGAAAUCCAGCAAAAAAGCAGAGCCUGUUAAGAUGCAGCAGAAGGAAAAAAAAAGGGGGAAGCGAGUGGAGUUAUCUGAUGAUGAUACAAAAGAAACUGAAAACAUGAAGAAAAAGAGGAGAAGAAUCCAACUUCCUGAGUCUGAUAGCAGUGAGGAUGAAGUCAUGCCAGACUCUCCUGGGGCUUAUGAAGCUGAGUCACCAUCCCCACCUCCCGCUGCUUCUCCAUCUCCUGAACCAGUGCCGAAGACUGAGCCAGAGCCUCCUUCUGUCAAGAGCUCAAAUGGAGAAAACAAAAGAAAACGAAAGCGUGUGCUGAAAUCUAGAACCUUUGUGGAUGAGGAAGGCUGCAUGGUGACUGAAAAAGUCUACGAAAGUGAAUCCUGCACAGAUAGUGAAGAGGAGCUUCAGAUGAAGACAUCGUCUGUACACAGACACCCUGCCAUGACUGUGAAAAAAGAACCCAAAGAGGAACGAAAGGGCCCAAAGAAAGGGACUGCUGCUCUGGGCAAGACCAACAGACAACCAUCCAUUACUGGCUUCUUCCAGAAGAAGUGACCUGCCAUCUCUGUUGGGUCAGAGAUAUGGAGUGGUCAAAGGAGAAGACCGAGACAUAUAGACUCUCACUUACUGUGUAAGUUCAUCCAGCGCCUCACCUCGCCUGCAUCAAGAGACUGUUCUUCCAUCCUUUACGGUUUACGCUGCUUAUGGUUUUUAACCAAAAGGAAAUCACCUGGAAGCAAGAGGCAAAAGAAUAUUUAAAAAGCUGUUACCUUCUAAUGACAUUUUUUAAGCACAAUCUUUGACCUGCCCAGGAGAAGAAUUCACUCUGAAAAUAAAUUGGAACAGGUUUCAGAAUUAUCACUGAAGCCAUUUAGUGACUAAUCCACUGCACUCUACCUGCCCUAUGCCCUGAUCUGUUUAUGGCUCAGGAAGUAUUCCUCCUUGUUCCUUUGUCUUCUGUGGACUUGUGUGGGUAUUUUUUCAUCCCGGAAUUCUACUAGAUGUGUUUACCACUCUCCCUAUCAUCCCUUCCCCACUACCACACUUCUGUGUGAAGCCGUUUUCUAUAAGUCUUUUAAAUCUUGGUUGGACUAAAGGCUGAAACAAAAAUCUCCCUGUAAUCCUCUUUUCCUCCAUUAUAAAGUACACUGACAUUAGGCUACAGUGUUCUACCCCUUUCACAAAAGCUCUGUCUCUAGACCUUCACUCACAAUUAGUGGUUAGGGAAAAGCCUCAGGCAGAGCAGAAAUAGAAAUGUAAUGAUGUAUUCAACUCCACCAGAAAUUACUUAGAGUCAGCACUGAUGAUAUUAGAGGACUUGUCAUGUUGCUGACACGGCAUGCUUUAUACUGCUCUUUGUGAUUUUUGUCUCCUCUCCUCUCUCCGUUUCCCACUCUCAAUACCUAGAGAGUGAAACUCAUACAGUGAAAUGAAGGCUAAAAAGAGAUAUCUCUUCCUGUAUACUGUAUACAACAGUUAAGUAAAAUUUGUGCUCUCAAGGAACCUGAACGUUCAAAACAGCAAUUUUCCAGGAGGAUAAUGAGGAAGAGAUAAAGCACACAUUUAUAUACAGAUGUUGCGCCUCUGUAUUUUUAACUCUCUCAUUUGCCUAGAAGUACAGACUCUCCAAGAAGGGAUGGAGAGACUGAGUUAUUGGUAGAGCUAAACAGCAAAUAAAACAUUUUCAUUUGUUACUUAUGGAAAAUCAUCUCUUCCGGAGAUAACUUUUAAGUGACUUCCAUGAUGGCUGGACAGUGAGCUCAGUGGAUCGAGGUGGUGUGGUGGUGAUCUUGCAGUGAGCUCUGGGGAGGGGAACACAGGCUGGGCUGCUGUGACUCAUGACUAACAGAUGAGGGGUGUCUGACUUGCUCCUUCCGCCUUAGCUUGGUGUAUGUCGUAAGUGAUGUAGUCAGCCGUCUACUGUUUAAGGUUAGGAUUGUGACUGACCUUGGAUUAAUAGGAGCUUCUUUAGCAACCGUCACCCAGGGCUCUCCAGCCAGGCACCCCACGGACUUGAUUAAGACCAGAGUUUGGGAGAUGAGUCCUGGCAUGACAUCUAGGAUUUGAGAAGGCAGAGUCUUUGUGUAGCAAGCUGAGUAAAGUUUGACAUAUUCCAAACCCCUUUCUUUUUAAAAUGUAAAAGGAUGGAGAGAAGGAUGGAAAGCUAGGACUUAAACCUUUACGAAAAACUUUUGGAGAGGAAUCCCUUUUAAAUGGUUAUUUUUGUCAUUGCCUCUAGUUGUUUUUCUAAAUAGGAAUGCAAAAUUAAAGAAAAAAACAACAGUCCAGUCUUUUUUUUUUUUUUUAAUUAUUAUGCUUGGAUCUCUAAUAAAACUGAAUUUUGAAUUGGAAAACUCCGGUGCUGGUGGAGUUCCAUCUUUGAAAGGAUAAUGCAGAUCCUGUGAUUACUGUGCCCAAUAUGCUGCCUGAACUCUGAGCUGUCUGCACAGCUUAGGAAGUAGUAAGUGGUGGUUUUUUUGUCUUUUUAUACAAAACUCAACCGUGUUAUCCACAGGAGUUAAAUAAAUUUGAGAAGUUGUUUUAAAACAGUGCUUCAAACUAAAUGUCUGAGGAGUCUGUUAUUUGACAGGACGGCAGCAGUGUGUGCAAUUAUUUAAACUCUGAACCAGGAACAAGGCUGGUUUUCAGUUUAUAUUGUUAAAACUGCAUACCCAUAGUCUGAGAUGGACAAGUUAUUUGCUGCCUUCAUCAUUUUUUCAGCCCUGUGGGAAAUCUUAGUUUCAGCCAACCUCAUUUUUUAGUUCAUUUAGAAGAAAAUCUAGUCCUGAUCUUGUACAUUACUUUAGUUUGGCUUCAUCACUUGCUAGCUGUGUGACCUUGGGCAAAUUUCUAAGCCUCAAGCUCUUUUUCAAAAUAGAGCUAAAACAAGUUACCAUGGGUUGUCAAGACUGAAGUAAUAUAUAUAUCGCAUAAAUUCAGUACAUGGUGGCAGCACAUAGGUGCUCCCCAAAUGAUGGCUUCCUUCCUGAUGUCUUAAUGAUGCAGUCAGCUACCAACUUCCUGAAAUGUUAUCAAGGGUAUGACCCAAAUGUUACACUCUUUCACAGUCAUCAUUCUGGCUGUAAAUAUGGUCAAAGGGGGAAAAUAGUUGUCCUAUUUUAUGAAAGCUUUUAAAGAGAUUAUUUUCCUGUUGAAAGAAAGUGAGAUUCAUAGAUGGCUAUAUUUACUAUUUACUAAAACAUUGUGUAUGUACUAUAUGUCAGGCCUCUGACCUGGACACUCGAAGAUAUAAUAGAAUCCUAGAAUUUGGCACUUGUCCUCAGGAUCUAGUGGAAGAGACAAGCCAGUAAAAUGAAAUUAUAAUGUCAUAUGGUGAGUGCAACCACAAAUAAGCACAGGAUCCUCUGAGAGUUCAUAGUGUUACCGCACAAAUGGGGUUCUCCUACCUGAUGCGCAUAAAAAAAGCCAAUUUUACAGCAUCAGCUUUUGGGAGAAGAAAGGUAGCUUUAUUUUGUGAGAUCGAUCUGCAAGGAGACAGGGGAGUAUGUUCUCAGAUCUGUCUCCCCAAUCCAGGGCUUGGGGCACAAUUUAUGGCAUGAAAGGCAGGGUAGUCUGAAGUGUGGAGAUUGAUGAUCAGAGGUAAGGAAAAGUGAGGUAAUUGAUGAUCUGUGCAAGCGUAGUCAAGCUUCAUGCCUCUUCAUAGGAUGCAUGUUCACAAAAUGGCAGCGUUACCAUGAUCUGACGGUGAGAUUUUUAGCUCCUUGACAUCAAAAAGGUCACUUGUUGAGCAUUUGCACAGGCCCACUUGAUGGGUUGGUGGUCUCAUCUGGCCUGAACUGGAUAAGGGGUCUCAGUUCCUGAAAAACCACUCUUAAUUACUCUGUUGGUAAGAUGGGGUCAGUUGAACGUCCUAGAAGGCCCGCGGUUACAACAGGAGGGUGGGUGUCAAGGAAGUCUUCCUCGAGGAGAGGAAGCCAAACAGUUUUUUGAAGGAUGAGUAGGGUUUUACCAAGCGAAGAGGAAUGGGAAGGAUUUUCCAGGCAGAGAAGCAUGGCUUUUGGGAGGAAAUGGACUGUAGAAUUUGGGAGUAGGGAGGAAAAUAUAUUGAGAAAUGAAGUUGGGGUCCUGCUAAGGAGUUUGGAUUUAUUUGAAGACUAUGAGGGCCAAUUGAAGGAUUUUAAGAAGAGGAGUAACAUUAGAAGUUGAUUCUCGUUUAAGAGUGACAGCUGGCAUUUUCCUUGAUUUUAUGUGCCAUAUAGUGAAUGUUUCAACGCAUGCAUACACAUUGUAUCUUAGUUCUAGUAGUAUUAAAAUGAAAGUUCUAAUGGGAUUAAAGAAAGAUGUCACAGUUAAAAUAAGGCUGCUUAAUUCUGGCAGGCAGCGUAGACAAUUGCAGUAUUUCCCUUGUCUUCUCCCGUCAACAUUAGCUUUCUCCAGCAGAAAUGAUUUCAGUUUUUAAAGUGAUUUCAAAAGCUGGUAGUUCUUCUCCCACACUCUCAAAAAAGAGAUAUGAGCCUCUACUCACCUCCCUGAAAAAAAAACUCAGGGUGGGGGGGACGAGUGGAACAGUUCUAUUCCUUUUCUAUCUUUGUUUCUCUAAGAAGACAUUAGUUAUUACACAGGAGAGAGCUGAAGAGAAGGGCCAUAUAAGGAAACGAAAUAGUUUCUCCAGGACCUGAGUAGAAUGAGUGCAUAAUAACGUAUUUGCCAGAAACGUACUCUGUGUCAAGACUCGUUUUGGUAAACUUGUCUCCUUUCAUUGGUUCCGAGAUCUUAGUAUGCUGUAAUGCAGCUUUUUACCACUGUGAAACAUUCUGGUGCUGCCUCGUUUUGUUGGGAGAAGGCAGUAUUGCUUUCUGAGUUAUUGCCCUGGUGGCUCUGUAAAUUGGCUCUGUCACCAUGCCCUCUCUGAAGGGCACACUGUACCCAAAAGACUGCAUGUAGGAUUGACUCUUGCCACUCCCUGCUGCAUGACACUGCUCACCACUUGUAUCGGUGUCCAGUUUUUUUGUGUUCUUAAGUGUGGGCCACCCACAGAUUGCCACCCAGGCUCUUUCGCU